AUGAGACUCCUGGUGUCCCUCACUGCAGCUACGGCCUUGUUGCCUGGCAGCGCAUUUGCUGCAUGGUUUCCCCUCACUAGACUCCCCAGACACAACAAGUCGCCAUCGCAACCGCCAGCCGGAUGUGAGUUCACGCUCUCCUCAGCUGAGCCAUUUGUCUGUCCCGCUGGACAGCUACAAGACGGCCAGAUCAGACUCAACGGGAGUUACGAAACGGCCAGUUUCUUCAUAACCAAUGGCGGCAUCAUCGACUCUGACGGCUUUGGCUGUAUUGUCACAGAAGCUCCCAUUACGCAGUUCCAGUGUGACGCUGGCAAACCCCCUACGCCAGGCUUUUCGAUAGACGCGUACAACAAUCUGCUCUACCAGGGGUCACCGUCCUUCUGGGCCUGCCCGGCCACCGACUAUGAGUACAACAUCUAUAUCAAGCCCGAUUUUGGCCAGACCAAGUGCUUCCCUAUUACCUUGAAAACCAGCGGAUGUGGUGCUCCCCCUUUGGCCCCGACCAGCGUUCACCCGUUCACUGUAUGGGUGACGCAGACCAAAACCGUCACCGAGGACGUAACGCAGACCGUGACCGUCUUGACGACUCUCCCGCCGACAUCAUGUCCCGUCCAGGGGAAUCAUACUUCGUCGUCAAGCCGUGGCCCGUGUAAGCACUGCACCAAAAGUGAGGGGCUGAGCAUUCUUCCAAGCUCAUCGCCAUCAUCCUCGGCAUUGGUAUCGCCAACGUCUGUUGCUGCCAACGAGUCCCUGUCCCACACGGCUAUCUCUGGACGUGGCCUCAUCUCCAAACGGGACCUCUACAACGACUGGGUCACUGUGCGUGACACGACGAGGAGGGGCGCUGCGGAAACCGACCUGCUGAAAUGGGUUCCCAUCGGUGCGGUCAAGUUUUACGGCCCUCUAAUUCCCGGUCUGCGGGUUGCCACGGCCUACUUUCACGGAUGCACCGUCUUCGUCGUUGUCGGCUCUCGAGGUCUCUUCUUCGGACACAUGGCCCAGGAGAUGAUAGGCCCCAACAACCGGCCGUGCAGGGCUCUCGAAACACGGGCCUUAACAGAGGAGGUACUUAUUCCCGAGAUUGAGCUGUCGGAAGGGCUGAGCGAUCACAGCUUCAACGAAGUAUCGCCCCCAGAUUGCCCUACCGAGAGGUAUGCCAUCAUUAUGGGCAGCGUCCCGGACAAUAGAUUGGACCAAGGACCAGCCCGCCUCAAGGAGUACUUCAUGGAUGAGGACGAGGGAGCUGGGGUGCCUCCUGAGAACGUUCGGUAUACACCCUACUCGUCGCAAACUCCGGGGCCCGAUGACCCUCCUGGACCGUUUGGGAAGGGCCUGGUCACGGUGGACGACGACGGGGUUGAUGACAAGGGGAGACAGCUGGUCGUGCUGCGGGUAUUUAUGUACAGUGACACGCCCAGACUCACACUAAGGUUUCUUGUCGAGGAUGGUCAGUUCGUGGCCCAGCCCGAGAUCAUGGUGGCAAACUCGUUGACGACGACGGAUGGGAAUAAGAGAUACAACAGAAAGUAG